AUGGGGGACUUUAAUGAUAUUCUGUUUAGUAAUGAAAGAGUGGGAAAAAGAUGUACUAAAAGUCCUACUCAAGAUUUUCGAGAUUGUGUGGAAAAGUGCAAAUUGGAAGACCUGAAAUAUUCUGGGAUUUUUUAUACCUGGAAUAAUAAGCAAAAGACAGAGGAUCGAGUUUUCUCUAAACUAGAUCGAGCCUUGGUUAAUUCUCAAUGGGCAGACUGUUUUCAGUUUUUGGAGGCCAAUUUCUUACCUGAGGGAUGCUUUGAUCACAGCCCCAUCUUGGUCUCUCUAUACCAGGAUGUGAUUAGUGGCAGAAAACCUUUUCGAUACUUUCGAAUGUGGAAGGAUGCAGAUGAAUUUGGUGAACGAAUUGCUAAGAGUUGGCAGGAAGGAGCUUAUGGUACGGAUAUGUAUAAGCUGACACAGCUCCUUGGCUCUGAGAUGCAGAACAGAUACCGGGUGAAGCAAUGUAUUAUCAAUCUUGGGCCAAAAAUUUCUGAGUUGCAUUCCAGUAGACUUGAAACCGAGUACACAGCUCAGGAGGUCAAAGAAGCUAUAUUCUCUAUCCUUGGUUUGAAAUCUCCAGGCCCGGAUGGUUUUGGAAGUAGUUUUUACCAAGACAACUGGGAUUUGGUUGGAUCUGAUGUGGUAUCUGCGGUUCUUUCUUUUUUGAGCUCAGGAAGAAUUCUUAAGGCAAUUAAUACGACUACCAUUACACUUAUUCCUAAGAGCAGUUGUCCACGAAGUGUGAGUGAUUUUCGGCCUAUCUCGUGCUGCAAUGUGAUUUAUAAGGCUGCAUCGAAAGUGAUUUGCUCGAGAUUGAGACAAGUUUUGCCUGAUUUAAUUGCUAAAAACCAGGGGGGUUUUGUACAUGGAAGAUACAUUGCCCAUAAUAUCAUGGUGUGUCAGGAUUUGGUGAGAUUAUAUGGGCGGAGCAAUUGCAAAUCUAGCUGUAUGAUAAAGAUUGACUUAAGGAAAGCAUAUGACACAAUAGAAUGGGGGUUCAUUGAAGAGAUGCUCAAGGCUUUUGAUUUUCCUCAAACUUUUUUAGAUUUAAUAAUGGCGUGUGUAACAACCCCCAUGUUUUCCUUGCUUCUCAAUGGUUCUUUACAGGGGUUCUUUGCAUCAAAAAGAGGACUUAGACAAGGGGAUCCCAUUUCCCCUUUGUUGUUUGUUCUUGGAUUGGAAUACUUUUCCCGAAUUAUGUGUAAGGUGGGAUCUUUACCUGGGUUCAAGUACCAUAAUAAAUGCUCAAAUCUGAAGUUGAAUCACUUAUGUUUUGCGAACGACCUGCUUAUUUUUUGUAAUGGAGAUUUUGUUUCAAUUAUGCUUAUGUUGAGGGGCUUGAAGUUAUUCUCUUCUUCUUCGGGUUUGCUCCCUAACUCUGAGAAAUCUGCAAUUUACUGUCAUGGAAUGCUUGAUGCUGUAGUAGAUCGAGUUCUGGCAGCUUCUGGUUUUUCUCGCAGCCACCUCCCGUUCAGGGCGGCUGGUGGCUUGGGUUUUCGGAGAGUACAUGAUUGGAAUUUGGCUGCCAUGGGGAAGUAUGUUUGGGCAAUUGCCAUGAAGAAAGAUAACCUUUUUGUCAAGUGGAUUAAUAGUGUCUAUCUGCUGAAUCAAAAUUGGUGGGAUUACAAGUGUCCCACGGAUUGUAGUUGGUAUUGGAAGCGUUUAGUUGCUGUGAAGGACUGUUCCAAAGCAAAAAUCUCUCAUGAUUCCUUCUUGUCUCAGAGAUAUAAUAUCAAACUUGGUGUAAAUCUGCUGGUCUGUUUGCUGUGUGGGGUAGAUAAUGAAGACAUUGACCAUCUCUUUUUCAAGUGUACAUACAGCAAGAGGUGUUUAGAGGCUAUCAAAAGCUGGCAUCAUUGGAAUGCACAAUCCAUCAAUCUUAACCGUCUCCUGCAUUGGAUUUCUCAUGCCGAGCAUGUGUCGAAUACAUAUAAAAGCAUGUUUUUCUCUUUUCAUGCUGCGAUAGUGUACCAUAUCUGGCGAGUAAGAAAUGAUGCGCUUUGGAACCACAAGCUGUGGCAAGUUCACCAUACAGUUAGUAGAAUUCAAAAUGAUUGUAAAUUUCGUUUACUUAGUGUGUUUCCAUGUAAAGCCUCUAGGGAAGAUAGAGAGUUUAUUAACAGAUUGAUUUGA